AUUUAUGGUGACGUCCGAGAAAUUCUUACUGGAAUCCGUUAUGCUUAUGUGAUAUACUAUGAUCUUCGUGACGCUGUCAACGCAUAUCAGUUUCUCCGUCAUCAAGGCGCGCCUCAUAAUCAGCAUAGAUUGAAAAUCCAGUUUUCUUCUAAACCAUGCGCUGUGCAGAAUCGUUUCGACGAAGUGGAUACGAUUAGAUUUGCUAGAUCCCUUUCAGUCGGACAAACUCUGGUCCUUCUAAUCGAAUAUUAUGAUACUCGUGCUGCUCGAGCCGCCAAAGAAUCAAUAAACGGCAUAAUUAUUGAGGGGGUUCAAAUCCUCGUUCAAUAUUACGAUAUUGGAUCACAUUCAUGGGAUGCGGUUGCUGAAGAUUUCAAACAUCAUCAAAAAAUUGGUUUAGCCAUUCCUCCACUCCCGCGCAUGUUCCUGGUUGUCCCUUCACCGGGCCUAGAAAAUAGGUCUGAAGAUAUGGCAAAGGUUUCUUCAUCCUCGCUUGAAAAUA